AUGGCUUUCUUUAGCUAUGUGCUACAGUGCCUGGACAUCGAGGGCGUUCGGCCCCGCGCCGCGCGCCCUCCGCGCCGCCGCCGCCGCGAGUCCAGCUCGCAGGAGGAGGAGCUGAUCGACGGCUUCGCCAUCGCCAGCUUCAGCACCCUGGAGGCCUUGGAGAAGGACAUGGCCCUAAAGCCACAUGAGCGGAAGGAGAAAUGGGAACGUCGCCUCAACAAGAAGCCCCGGGAGUCAGAAAACUGCCCGUCAGCAGAGCCCAGUGAGAACGGGCAGCCCCUGGAGGCAGGCAGCCCUGAGCAGGACUUAGAACCUACCUGUGACCGGGGCAAGAAGAAGGUUCCACUGCAGCCCACCAAGCAGAUGAAGGUCACGGUGCCCAGAGGGGGUGACAGGAACAGUGACGAGGACAGCGUAUGCGAGGCCACCAGCUCCAGGCGCAGCAGCUCUCGGGACUUGCUCAGCGACAGCUCGGCACAGGUGGUCUCCGGAAGAGGCUACUCGUGUGACAGCGAGAGCGACCUGGACGACAAGGCGUCGGUGGGCUCGGAGAAGCUCUUUGCCCCAGCAGCCAACAGAGGCCCCUCGCUGGGGGAAAAAUUGGAGGUCACGGCCGUGACCGCGCCCAGGGUCUCAGGGCUGGAGCGGAGCCGUGAGCUGAGCACCGAGACGCCCUUUCUGCCUUCCGUGCGCAGCCCCGCAGCCGCCCCUGCAGCCACCACUGCCGCCGCCGCCACCGUGCCCCCCUCGGGGCCCCCGCCAGGCACACGGGCCAGCCCCCUGGUGAAGAAGGAAGCCCCCGCCCUGCCCCGCCUCACCCCGCAGCCUCUGCCGCCGCACACGCCCCCCCAGCCCCGGGCCCCGCUCCCCACACACGUGCCUCUCUCCCUGGGCACCUACCCGGGCCCCAGCCAGGCCACGCACGGCAGCCUGCACAGCCUCAGCAGGAGCAGCAGUGCGGGCAGUGGCCCCAGCCUCGGCGUCCUGAAGAACGUGGCCCUGUCGCCUCACGGGCCAGGUUCCGCACUGGCCCUGCCCGGCUCCAACCUGUCUACCUCGCACUUGGCACUGCGGUCCCAGGCCCAGCACCAGCACCCCGCGGCGGCAAUGUUUGCCGCUCCCCCGACACUGCCCCCUCCCCCGGCGCUCCCCACCAACAGCCUGGUCCUCCCAGGGCACCCGGCCGAUGCCAGCCUGUUGGUCUCCCUCAGCCCACCAAUCAUGUACUGCCAGCCUCCCUCGGGGAUUCUGAUUGAUCACGAGCUACUCAGGCAAGAGCUGAACACGCGCUUUCUGGUCCAGAGCUCGGCGCGGCCCGGGGCCCCCCUGGGCCCGGGGGCGCCACUGCGGGCGGAAUUCCACCAGCACCAACACACACACCAGCACACACACCAGCACCAACACUCAUUCGCCCCCUUCCCGCCGGGGCUGCCCCCGACGCCGCUCAUGCCGCCUUCUUUUUCCUCCCAGUUUGACAAGUACGCCCCCAAGCUGGACAGCCCCUACUUCCGACAUUCCAACACAUCCAGCCCCAUUGAAGUGACAGGCCGGGCCAGUGCCGUCCACGCCCUCCUUCAGAAGGCCCCCGCGGUGCCGGGCCAUCACAGGACCAUGGUCAGGAAACCAGGGAAGUGGUGUGCGGUGCACGUGCAGAUCGCGUGGCAGAUCUACCACCAUCAGCAGAAGAUAAAGAUGCAGCUGGACCCCCACAAGUCAGAGGUAGGCGCCAAGCUGGACCUGUUCAGCCGGCCCCCGGCCCCGGGCGUGUUUGCCGGACUCCACUCCCCGCAGGACCUGGCACGGCCCUUCUUCUCCAGCACCGGUGCCGCCCACCCCGCCACCAGCCCGUUCGGACCCUCCGCUCAUCACAGCAGCUUCCUGCCCACCAGUCAUCUGGCAGACCCUUUCAGCAGAUCGACCACCUUCGGAGGCCUGGCGAGCCUGGGGAGCAAUGCCUUCGGGGGCCUGGGCAGCCAUGCGCUGACAGCUGGCGGUGUCUUUGCCCACAAGGAGGGCUCCCCGCUCCACGGCCUGCCCAGCCCCCAAGAGGCCUGGGGCCGGCUACACCGCGCGCCGCCCUCCUUCCCCACGCCGCCCCCGUGGCCCAAGCCCGUGGAUGCGGAGCGCGUCUCCACCCUGAGCAACCACGACCAAGAGCCGGACAAGGGCAGGGAGGAGCGUGAGCGGGACACCCUGGACAAGACGCGCCUGCUGACCCGGGCCUCGCCCGCCGCGCCGCUCGGCCACCCCAUCAGCGGCCUCCUGCUCCCACGCAGCGGCCCCAGCGAGGCGCGCGACUACUCCCCGACCCGCAACCCCCAGGAGGUGGAGGCGCGGUAG